AGGACCCGUUCUUUGCAGGUGAGAGCGCUGUGAUUUUUUUUUCUUGUAGUGAAAUGACCCCCAAGUGGGCAGUGGUGCUUCUUUGUGGCCUGUGGUACCCCAGGGAUGGUCUGUCUAGCUCUUUGAUGUUGCAUCACAAGAUGCUGCCAGACUUCUCAGACAUCUUCUCAUUGCACCAAGACCACAACAAUGCCCAGCAGCAGCAGAAGGUGAAAAGAAGCGCCCAGGAGACCACAGACAGACCCAGCAAGUUGUCCAAGAAGCAGGCAGAGGACCCAGACCCCACAGUGCAGCAUGAGAGGAUCCUCAAGCACCUGAGGGAUCUUCACAACUUACAGCUUCAGCAUGCAGCUCAUCAGCAGUUUGAGGAUAAGCAAGUGGAGGAGAGGCAGAGGGUGCAGAUGAGACACCAGCAAGAAUUGGAGGAAAUGCAGUCCAAGCAGCUUUCUCAGAUGAAAAGGGUCAUUGACCAAAUGCAGGCCAUGAUUGACCAGCAUACAAAGGAUCAAAAAACCAUGCAAAUAACUCAGCAGAAGGAAAGGGAUUCCAUGAGGAUCAGGCAGCAAGCCCAGCUCAGGGAAAUUCUCAAGGAAAAGGUGAAAAACAAGGCUCAGCAAGAACACAUGCAAAGGCAAAUGGAAGUGGAGCAGUUGAAGAGACUGCAGCAAGAGAGACUCAGGCUGCAUGAGAAGGAAGUUGGCCUGGAGAAAAUGAGACUCAUGCAACAAGGAAAAUUCCAUGAAAAUGUCAAUGAUCUGAAGUCAGAACAACAACAACAACACCAGCAUCAGCAGAAUGAAGACCAAGAGAAAGAAGCCGCAGGGACGGGGUACCUGGCGUAUUCGGGCGACGCGAUGAAAAUCGAAGGCGCUCUCCGCAACACAGAAGCGACACCUGUGGGUGACGAGGCGGAACUCAGCCGCGCGGAAGCCGGUCUCCGCGUGGAAGAGAAAACAGUGCAAAGCAGUGCUGCUGCUGGCAACCCUGACGCCUGGAAACAUUCCAAGAACUCUGCUCUGAAAUUCCUGCAGGGCAAACACUUUUUCGAGUUCCUUGAAAAAGAAGCCAGGCAACUGAUCCCAACCCCAGCAACAGCAGCAGCAGCAGGAGGAGCGACAUCUGGAUCCAAGCUGUUUAGCCGCAAUCUCCCGAGUCCCAACUUGUGCAUCCAGUCACAGAUGAUGGGGCAGAUUGAGCCAUGUCGCCCACUAAUGAUAAUGCCAAACACACAUAUGGUGAAUAGGACAGUGUUCCUCAACCACUUUGAGCCCACUACUGGGCACAUUUCCAAGAACCAAAAAUCCGCAGAUUGGCAAAGUUUCAUGAAAUGUUUGCAGACUCAAAAAGCUUUGCUUGGCAGUUACUUAACAGGUAGUGUGAGCCUGGAGUCUUCAGAUGUCAUGGGGACCUUUUCCUCCCAGGCCACCCUGGCCACCAUCACAGUGGACAAUGGCAAUGCAGACAAGCCAACCAUCACCCCAACCUUGUGCUCUGAGGUCUCCACUUACAUUCCCAUCAGCAUAGCUAGGACCAUCAAGUUCAUCCCUCCACCAGGGAUCAAGAAGAUCAGGAAAAGACCUCACAAGAAACAGCCCAAUGAGGAAGUGAAGCAACUCAAGCGCAGACUGGCUGAGUUGGUGGGCCUGGAGAAGACCCAAAUGGCCAGGCAAAAGCAGGAAGCUUUGCAACAAGCCCAGGCUCACCUGAAGGAGAGGAAGCUUCUCAGGGAUGAGAGGCAAAAGCUUUUGGCCACUCUCCACAGUCUCAUCCUCACCAAGGAGACUUCAGUGGUCACCACCCCUGACCCCAGGGACUCUGAAAACCCUGAGGACCUCCUGGAAUCUGACACCCCAAGUCUAACCACCCUGAUUGAUGACAGUCUGUAGAGUAACCCACAAACUGUUACACUCAACUACAGUCCACAGCAUAACAAAAACAAUUGAAAAACCAACUACAAAACUGUGUACAGGUGUUACCUUGCAAUUUGACCUCCCGUUCAUCCCACAAUUCAACGGUCAGAUAAGCUGAGAGGUUGACUCACAAUUUGACCUCUGCCCCACAAUUUGACUGGCUUCAGCCAUUUUCUAGUGCUUUUUGGGCUGCUCUUAAUGAAUUUUUACACAGUGUCUUGCAAAUUGACUGCUUUGCCAUUUGAUGCUAGUCCAGAAAUGGAUUACGGUCAAAUUGCAAGGUACUAGUCCUCUACCACAUGCUUUGUAUUCUGGUCAUCAUCAUGACACACAGUACAAUUCCACUCCCUCUCCUAUUUUGGGGUGCAAAAUGAUCGCAGCAGUGUAUUGCCAGCAUAGAUAUCAUGAUUUUUCACCAUCAAGAUAAUUUGGGAACUUGGAACCAAAUAUCAAGUAAAAAUCAUUUUUAACUUGAGGAACCACUUUAAUUUGCAUUCCCUUUGGAGUUUUACCUCUUGAAAAAUCUCAGUAACUCACAUAUCCCAAGGUGAAAAUGUAAUUUCUUAUAAAAUGCUGAAAAAACCUGAAGUUGAUUUUAGCUGAGAGAAAGAUUGGAAGGGACAUUCUGCUGUCAAACCAACCUUCAUCAUUUGACUCUCACAGUUUCACUGAGCUAUGAUCCAUAAUUCACCCAAAAAUAGCAAAACAGAGUAAAUCUCCUUUUCUUUCAGUGAAAAAAGGAAACAUGAAAAAUGAAAAUGUAUAUAUGGUACUAUAUAAAAGGACAGCAAGGGUUGCCAGUGAUUGUGCUUAUUUCUGAGCUUACAAAAAGUGGAAUAAACUCUUGAGCAUAUAUUGCACAACCAACUUUGUCCCCACUGCUUUUUUUUCUGCCACAUUUUCAAUUGUCUUGCUCUUGUAUUUCAAAGUGUGAGUGUGUCUUAAUAAUGCGAAUAUACAUGUACACAUUCUUGUGUGUGUGCAGACAAUAAUAAAUGCAAGGCAGUGCUGUAAAGGGUCUGUGCUGCUGUGUGAAGGUACUGUAUAUAUGUGAUGUGUCUCCUGCUUUAUACAAUGUGUAGCAAAAGAGGACAAAUCUUCCCCUCCUUUGUAUAAAGUCUAAAAAAUUAAACACUCGGAGCAGCUGGAGAAAAUGUUUGCCAUUUUAUAGCAGAAACAGCAGCAGCAGGAACAUCAGCACUUGAAGCAGCCAGCGUGGGAAAAAAGGAAUAUGGAC